AGAUUUAGGAGAGAAGAGGGAUUCUCCUGCAGGACUGCCGGGGUGAAAGAGAGCUGCCUGCGAGCCAUCACAAUGCCGGUCAUAAAUGUAGAGGACCUGACAGACAAGGACAAGGCUCUGAUGGAAGUAAACCAACUCAAAACUGAAGUGAAACUUCAGAGGUGGUUGACAUCUAAAUGCUGUGAGGAGCUCAAGGACUACAUUCAGGCCGGAGUGGAUGACGACACUCUUGUCAAAGGCAUUUCAGAGGAGAAGAACCCCUUCAAGGAGAAAGGUGGCUGUGUCCUUUGCUAGACUGAACAUGAAGAGUUCUUCAUACCUCACAUUAGCAACCAAGGACGUUCUUCACGCUCUCUUAAAAUGGACUUGAAGACUAGAAGUACAUAACAAAGAACAAAUAAUUGUCCAAACUGCACAUGUAAACUAUGUUCCCCAUCUUCUAGCCAGAUUUGGACCCUUUUAAUUGUGUUAAAAUGUGUUUUUGCAAGGGUUGUAUUUAUUGCUUUCUCUCUCACGUGGUGUAACCAGAAAGGAAAACUAUCCCACAGGUGUUUCAGUCACACAAACGUCACCUAAUUAAAUGUGCUUGUUUAUAACUCA